AUGGCUAGUGCAGAACCAAUUGUAGCAGAUGGCAAUCAGGACUUAUUUCCCUGUGAAGUCUGUGGAAGACGCUUUGCAGCAGAUGUUCUGGAAAGGCAUGGACCAAUAUGUAAAAAACUCUACAACAAAAAGCGUAUGCCUUUCAAUUCCUCAAAACAAAGAUUACAAGGCACUUACUUUCUCACUGUGAGCGUGGCUGUUCAAUCCAAGUCUCAACCAGUGAGGAAAAGUAACUGGAGACAACAACAUGAAGACUUUAUUACUGCAAUUCAAUCAGCAAAGCAGUGUGCUCUAGCCAUGAAAGAAGGCCGCCCUCUCCCACCACCUCCCCCUGCGUUCAUCAACCCAGAUUACAUUCAAUGCCCGUAUUGUCUGAGGAGGUUUAAUGAAAAUGCAGCCAACCGGCAUAUUAAUUUCUGCAAGGAACAGCCUUCUCGCCGAGUCUUUGAUGCAGCCAAACUGGAGUCCAAAGUGCAGGGAAUGGGUCAGACAAGUCCAAGAAAAGAACCGACUGUCACCAGUGCCGUGGGAGCUCUGUUGCAGAACAGGGCCCUUGAGGCCACGAAAGGGGCCCCGGCCAAGCCAGGAUUAGUGUCGGACCCUGCUUCUGGAUCAAAACUCAAACAAGGAUUUACUAAAUCUUCUAAAAAAGAUUAA